AUUGCUUAUCGCACUCAAAACAGACAAAAUGGCGACCCUCACGCUCCCCCUCACCGCCCAGCCGGUGCUUUCGCUUCCCGCUCUCGCCCUCUUCCACAACGCCAAGUUCGAGUGGGACUUUGAGGGCGGAGAGGCUGGUGAGCCGACCUUUGACGGCGCCAAGGGUGUCGACGCUGUCCGCGCCAAGCUCGACGGCCUCGCCACUGCUGGCCCUGCGCUCCCCACCCUCCCCUCCAAGUUUGACGCCAAGACGCCUUUCGCCGAGGUCUCGGCCGUCCUCGACGCGCUCGACGACUACCUUGCCUACCGCACUUACUUCAACGGCUCGACCUUUGGCCACAACGACGCUCUCAUCUGGGGCACUAUCCGCUCCAACUCGUCCGCCGCCGGCUCGAUCAAGCGCCCCGGCCGCCCCCACCUCCUCCGCUGGUACACCCAGGUCGAGACUCUCCCCAUCCCCCGCCAGCUCCUCGACUCGUUCAACAAGGCCCGCUCGGACGCCGACAAGAACAAGAAGGUCAAGCGUACCGAGGUUGUCGAGGCUGAGCUUCCCAACGUCGGCAAGGAGGGUGUCGUUGUCCGCUUCGCCCCCGAGCCCUCUGGAUACCUCCACAUCGGCCACUUGAAGGCUGCCAUCCUCAACAGCUUCUUCGUCGAGAAGUACGGCGGCAAGUACAUCCUCCGUUUCGAUGAUACCAACCCCCUCAAGGAGGAGGGCGAGUUCGAGGAUGCCAUCAAGGAGGACCUCGCCAUGAUCGACGUCAAGUUUGACAAGGUCGUCCACACCUCGGACCACUUUGACAAGAUCCGCGUCCUUACCGAGCAGCUCAUCAAGCAGGGCGACGCCUUCAUGGACGACACCGACGCCGAGGAGGUCAAGGAGAUGCGCCGUGCGGUUAUCCCCUCGAAGAACCGUGACGCUUCGAUCGAGGACAACCUCAAGCGCUUCAACGAGAUGUGCGAGGGUACCCCCGAGGGCCAGAAGUGGUCGCUCCGUGCCAAGAUUGACUACACGCACAAGAACGGUGUCAUGCGUGACCCCGUCAUCUACCGCUACGUCGGCGCCGACCACCACAUCACUGGCGACGCGUACAAGGCUUACCCCAUGUACGACCUUGCCUGCCCCAUCAUUGACCACCUCGACGGCGUCACCCACGCUCUCCGUGCCAACGAGUACGCUGCCCGCCACGAGCAGUACGAGUGGUUCCUCAAGAAGCUCGGCUUUGCUCCUAUCACCAUCUUUGACUUCAGCCGUAUCGACUUCGUCUACACUGUCCUCUCCAAGCGCAAGCUCAAGUUCCUCGUCGAGAAGGGCGUUGUGGCGGGCUGGGCCGACCCCCGCUUCCCCACCGUUCGCGGUAUCCGUUCGCGUGGUAUGACCGUCAAGGGUCUCCGCGACUACAUUGUUGGCCAGGGAGCCUCGCAGCAGCAGCUCACCCUCGAGUGGGACGGCAUCUGGACUGUCAACAAGCGUGUUGUCGACCCCAUCGCUCCCCGUUACUGGGCCAUUGCCGAGGACAAGAUCGUUCCCGUUCUUGUCGAGGGCCGUGACACCGAGGCCGUUGUCGUUGAGAAGAAGCCUCUCCACAAGAAGAACCCCGAGGUCGGCGAGAAGGACCUCGUCUACUCGUCCAAGCUCUUCAUUGAGCAGGAGGACGCCAAGUCGUUUGGCGACAACGAGGAGAUCACUGCCAUGGACUGGGGUAACGCCUUUGUCAAGGAGAAGAAGCUCAACGCCGCUGGUGACGUCGAGUCGGUCGUUCUCAAGCUCCACCUCGAGGGUGACUUCAAGAAGACCUCCAAGAAGGUCACCUGGCUCGCGGCCCCCACCGCCGAGCAGCCCCUUGUCCCCGCCGUUCUGAUCGAGUACGACUACCUCAUCACCAAGAAGAAGCUCGAGGAGGGCGACGACCUCGAGGAGGUUGUCAACCCCAAGACCGAGUACCGCACCAACGUGCUCGCCAGCGCCGAGGUUGCCAACCUCAAGAAGUGGGACAUUAUCCAGUUCGAGCGCAAGGGCUUCUACAUCUACCAGGGUACCAAGGACGCCGAGGGCCGUCUCGAGUUUGGCUUCAUCCCUGAUGGCCGCCUCCAGACCGUCGCCCUCAAGGCAACUCCUGCCGCUGCCGCUCCCAAGGCCGCCGGUGGCCCCAAGGGCAGCUGGGGCAAGCCCGGCACCAAGAAGGCUGCCGGUGCCGAGGAGGACGUCAAGGUCUACCUCUCCAACGCCACCUCUGGCUUUGAGAUCCCCGUCAAGACCAAGAUGUUCCAGUCGGACCGCAUCUACGGUGAGACCGAGGUCCCGGCCGUUGCCAAGGUCAACAUGUUCUCGUCGACCCCCGUCUACGACCUCAAGUAGACGUCAUAACUAAUAUUAUCAACGCAUGUAAUGCCAAUGCAUAUCUGCUACAGUUAUGAAUACAGUUGAAUGAUCCGGGAUAUCACAUGUUGCGGCAGGUUGAGCGUCCGCGCGCGAUCUGGGCGUUACAGAGCGCAACCUCGACAGGCAUGGAGAUGAGGGACGCAAAGAGGAUGCCACACGAGUCCGCUGCGCCAGUGGCGCCGAUACGGAACUCCUUCUCCAUCUUGCGCUUGAUCUCCUCCACGCUCGACGCGUCAGCGUCUGCAUCCGAGUCGUGCCCGUCGUCGCCCUCAUGCCCGACGUGGAAGAACGUGUUGACGUACGCGCUGCCGCCGCACAGGCCUUCGAGGCAGGACAGCAGAAACACCAUGGUGAUGGCGCGGU